AGCGACUAUACAAUUCUUAACCAAUUACAAUGUCUACUGCUCUCCCCCCUAGGUGACGACCACUGCGAGACAACACUCACUCCCGAAUCGGCAUCUAAUUGGCAUGACUAUGUGUUUGACGUGGAGAUUCGAGCCGCUAUCCCGAUAAAAAGCAAGGUGGAUGACGCCUUUAUCGCUAUUAAGAAGCAUAUAUAUCGCAAUUUUUGGGCGAGAAAUGUCUUCCUCUGCGACCUAAUGAGCGGAAAUCAAAAGAAAGCGGUAGAAGACGGGCAGGAGCACUUUGUCGUGAGUAUCUCGGCAAUCGCCGAAAAUGGGGAAGUUUAUCAAAUGCCGAGACCGGCUACGACUACUCUACCCUAUCAUUCUUCAAUCCUAUUCUCGGAUUGGCUAUUUGAGGCGGAUUCUAUCGAGGAUUCGCAGAAAAAGAUCAAGGAGAUGCUGGAUAUUGAUGUUAGCAUUGAACACGUUGACGAUGGGUGGGAGAGGUCUUUGGAAUCUGCAGAAUUGGAUCAAGUUCGUGCGCCUGGGGUGGUCCCCGAUCAUCUACCCCUCAUCACCUCAAUCCACGAAAAAGCCUCCAACCGCCGUUUCUACAUCAUUAUCUUUGUCUCCAUCAUUAUGGGAAUUAUUUCCUGGAUUAUGUACAAAAUGAUGGCC